CAUCUUUAUAUAUGCUUAGGAAAUGCUCCUGAACAACAAGGUCAAACAUUUGUUCAAAACUUUUCUCCCUCAUCCAUUUUCCCAUUAGAUCUUUCAUCCUGUUUACAUAUUCCCCAUUACUCAGAUCAGCAUUUCUCUUAAGAUUUCUAAAUGUCACCCUAUCUGUUUCAGUGGUAAUCUGAAAUCAUUUCAAAACAGUUUUUUUUUUAAUUUACAGUAACCUAAAGCAUCCUGAAUUGGCAUUUCAUUGGAGAAUAGUAAGAACUUUACCAGUUAACUUUGCAAUCAGGGAGGAGACUUUGUCAUCAGGAAUCACAUAAGCUGCACACAGCCUCUCAAAAGUAGUAAAAUAUUCUGUGAUAUCACCCAUCUCCUUAUGUGAAGGACAUAAUUCUCCUGUUUGUGGAUUUUUGGAGAGCUGGGAAUCAGUGGGGUGAGAUGGUUCUGGUUUUGCUUUUCUAGCAAGUCCAGUUGGUGUUUUCAACCUCUCUCCUUCCUCAGGGUCCUUGGUUUUCAGCUCUAGAGUCACUUGAUGUGCUGUCUCCUCUCUGGCAGCCUUCCCCCCCCCCCCCUCCUUUAUCUCUGGUUCUUUCAUUUUCAACGGAUGCUGUUUCUCUCUUUUUCUGCUACCUGCAGUCUGUACAGCUCUUACCUGGCAAGUGUGUCACUCACUCAUUCUUAUGCCUUUCUGCUCCUAUUUCCCUUUCCCAAAAUAUGCAAACACAAAAUAAUAAACUUGUAAUUCUUUCUUGACUGCAUUGAGGCAGCCCACUUAAAGUCUUACUUAAAAUCUCUACACCAGUGUAAGAAUUGCAAAUCUUGGUCAAAACAAGCCGUGCAUUUCAUCCUGCUCAUUGUGCCACUGAGACAGGAUUCCUGGGGUACAACCUGGAACUUUGGGACCUCUGUGCCCCCUUAACUCUAUAACCUGAGCUGUUUCUCACAAGGCUAUGCCAGUGACAAGCAGCAAACCCCUCCAGCUACUGGGAUCACUCAGCCAACAGCACGUGGAGACCUACAUCCAGCUAAAUUGCAUGAAUGCUCUCUAAGUCACUCAUGAAUUGUACAAAUCACCCUAGCCCCCAGCUUGCACCCCAGAAAUAUAGCAUCUUACACAGCUCAAGACUUCCGUGGACAGUGCAAGCCCAUUAAUUAGUUUGCCACUCCAACAAAGGAUAAUGGAUAUGCACCAGCCCUUGUUAACCUGAGAUUUCCCCAGCACUUCAACCGAAAACACAGUUUUAGGAAAAAAUCUAAAACAGAUUUAUUUACUACAGAAAGAUAAGAUUUAAGUGAUUAUAAGAAGCAGGCAUAGAAAUCAAAGUUAGUUAUGUAAGAAAUAAAAAAAACCUCAAUCUAAAUUCUACUGACUAAGCAAGAUUUGAAUCAAGCAGUUUCACACCCCACUGGAUGUUUCAGGCAGUUUACAGUUCUUAUUACACUGGGGGAAUUUGCUUCCCAGCCUGGGACCAAUCUCCCCGGUUCAAAGACUUUGCUUUCCAAAUGAUCUUCCAGGUGCUGACAUGUGGAAGGAGAGAGGCCAAGUGGUGAUGCCAUCAACCCUCAGGGGCUAGAAAGAUCCUUGCUGUGACAUGGAGGUUAGACAGCCCCCAUCGCAUAUGUGCCCUCUCUGAGAGUGAAUUCUUGACAGGACCAGCCAGACAUGUCUUGGUGGCCUGAUGGAAAUCGGUCUUGUCAGUUGCUCCUUUGUUACCACUGAAAGGCUGACUGUGCACAUGUCCCACUUACCACAUAUUUCAGUACCAAACAUAUAGCAAUACUUCAUAACUUCACAUGCCAUGACAGUACAGAUAAUCCAACCGAAUGGCAAUGUUCAAUGGAACAAUGAUACCUCGCAAGGUGUACUUUGCACAAAACAUAUCACAAUCAUAUCCCAGUGGUGAAGAUGGGGUCCAGGGUGCUGUGUUACAGCAGCACAAAGCUAUUGUGUUGAGCAUGGGGAAGGGGUAUCCAUGCAGUGCCAAGGUCCCCGGCAUGCCCACAAGCCUGGCACAGCUGCAGGCAGUCAUUAACCUCAUCCCCUUUCCCUCCUCCCCCAGCACUCCGCUAUCCGUUCCCCACGGGGGCUGCUCUCUGCAGGGCUGGCACUCCUGAUGCUUCCGGGAGCCGCGCUGGGCUCAGACUCCAAUCCAGACAACAACUCCGUGGCUGUGGUCUUCCUGGUCUUCCUGCUCCUGCUGCUGCUCCUGGUACUGGCCCUGGCCUGGCGCAAGCUGAGCCAUGAUUCAGACGGCAGGUAUCACCCACGCCACCUGUGCCAGCCACACCGCCUGCUGGCAGCCCUGGCCAGGCGCUGGCGUGAGCUGCAAGGGCAGGUGCCCCCUGAGAGGCACUGGCAAGGCAAGGAGGAGGAUGAGGAUGAGGACGAGGAGGAGGAGGAGGAGGAGGAGACCCUUCAGCGGGAUGAGGAGGAAGGUGGAGGAGGGCAGGAGCAGCAGAGCGAGGAGGAGGGCACUGCCGUGCCAGAGGGGACCCUGCCCCACGAUGCCCCUGAGGGAGCCCUGGAAGAGGGAGGGGAGGCAGAGGGUGCCAGCGCCGGGGGCCUGCUCAGUGACCUGCACUCCUUCUCCGGGACGGCUGCCUGGGAGGACAGCGCUGCGGAGGGAGGCAGCCGCCAGCAUGUCACUGCCCUCUAGGGGAGCUGAGGGAAGGACACAGACUACAGGGGGGAAUGCAGCCCCCCACUUGCUCACUGGGGAGCAACUGCAGGUGAACAACUGCUCCCAGCCCCCCUGCAAGAAGCUGGGAUGAACUGCUCCCCACCCCCUACCCCUCCCUGCAGAGCUCUCUACCCCUCGCCAUGGGGCUGCAAUGGGGCCCCCUGCACCCUACCUCUCCCCCCCCACACACCAGGAGAGCCAGCCCAAGCAAAGCAGGGAGCGCCCCCUUCCCCCCAGACUCUGCAUUGACUCUAGCAUUCCUCCUCCCCCACCCCCACUGCCUGCACCAGGAUAUGGGGUGUGACACCGUGGCAUGAGGGUGUGGCUCCACUCCCACUGGGGAGCUGCUGAUUAGCCCACAGGCACCGCUACAGGCACCAAUAAAGGGGCAGCAUUGCUCAU